AUGUUAACAACAGAUUCCAUUGACUAUCAUAGUUAUCUACCUCCUUAUCGGUCAUUAUUGAAUCCUACUGCAAGAUAUGAUUAUCAAACUCAUUCAUUGAUCCCGUUAUCUCAAAAUGAUUUGAAACUGUUAAGGAAGAUUUAUCAAAAGAAAAAGGAACCUCAACCUUUUAAAAUGAAAUAUAAAUCACUUUUAAGUGAUGUUUCUCGUUCUAUCAGUUUAAGAAUCAGUAACUCAAAUUUAUUGGGUUCUUCAAAUAACCAAUCAACACCACCAGGUUCAUCAAGUUCUACUACCACCACUACUACUUUGCUCCACCAACAAGAACAACCUAAUUCACCGUCGAGUAUUAGUGUGAAUGGAGGUUCCACUGCAAACAAUAACACUUGCUUAAACUGGUUAAACACUUAUCAGCAACCAUUAUUCCCAACAGAAUUAAACAUCAAAAAUCUCCCUAUUGAAAUUCUUGAUUAUAUUUUCUAUUUGGUUGAUGAUAAGUUGGAUUAUAAAAGUUGUAUGUUUACUUGUAAAUUGUUUUACUUCUUGAGUAAACCUUAUUAUUAUGAAGAAUUGCUGUUUGUUUCAACUUAUAGAUUUGCUCAAUUCAUUUCGUAUUUGAGAUUAAAUUCAGACGUUGGUCAAUAUGUCAGAUCAAUCGACUUGUCUGGAAUCAAACCAAGUUAUGAUGAAGAUGAAGAAGAGCAGCAACAACAACAACAGCAACAGCAACAAAAUAUCCAUAACAACCAAAUUGAUCAACGUCCACGACCACGUCCUGGUGCUGUUAUGGAUCAAUUGGAUCAUGAUGAAAUCAAUCCAGAUAAUAAUUCGGAAAAAAUUGAUCUGUUUCCAAGUGGUAAAAUUUAUGCUGGUUGGAGAGAUUGGAAGUUUAAGAAUAACCCUUUGUAUACCGUUCAUGCUGCUCCUACUACGUCAUUAACUAAAGUAGCUUCAAAUUCGCAAUACCUGAUUAACUCCACAAAGUCGUCUAAUUCUACCAAAUCUUCCUCAUCAUCAUCUAAAAAGUUCACCAAACCAUUCAAGUACUUUAAAUCAAGAAAGAGAAGUAGAUCAUACAGUGGAAGUCCAUCAUCAAGCACAUCAAGAAAGGCCCCAAAAUUGCAAUUUCUUCAAUUGGAUUCUCAAACUUCAAUUAAUAAUUGGACAAGAAAUUAUGCUCCUCAUCCAAUGAUUAAUAAAUUUUUGAUCAAUUAUUCUACUACUAAGGAUUUACCUAUUGGUUAUAUUUUACAUUUGAUUAAUUUAUGUCCAAAUUUAGUUAGUUUGAAUUUGGGUAAUUUGUCCCUUUCCACUGAUUAUGAAAUAUCAAGAUCCACAGUUUACAAGUAUCAAAAUUUUGAUUUGAUGAACAACUAUCCAAAGGAUUUGAUCCAUAAAGUUGAUAAAAUCAUGAGAGUUACCGAGAAUGAUGAUGUUUAUUCCAUCAAUGGUGGUCAAUCGAGUAUUUUAAGAUUUGAAAGUAACAACAAUUAUUUGGAUAAUUUAUAUAAAUCCAACCAUUCAACCACCUCGGCAGCCUCUUCCGUUUAUUCAAUUACCACAUUUUCUAAACCAAUCAGAAAAUACAACAGUUUAUUGCCCCCAUUACCGCCAACCGUGGCUGAUAUCUCCUACUUAAACAAAGGAGAUGGUAAAGUAUACCUUUCUGAUUUGAAUCUAAAAUCCAUCAAUAAUGCAUAUUUGAAACGUGUUCAUGAAGAAGAAAUUCUAACUUCCAUUAUCAAAAACCAUGGUAAGAGAGUUAUUAGUUUUGAUUCAUUCAACAUGCCUGCUGUUAUCAAUGCCGAAGUUUCAGGAAAUUUGAAUUACAUCAAUUUAUCAUCGAUGAUUUGGUUGAAUCGUAAUAUGAUUGAAACCUUCUUGUCCAAAUUAUUAACUAGAAGAAGAUCAGAAUUAAAAGUAUACGGGAUAUAUGAUAAUUGUACUGACUUUUCUGUUGAUUUGGAUGAUGAAUAUGAUGAAUCUGAAUCUGAAGAUGAUGAGCAUGAUGAACUGGGAAGAUCAUCGGUUUAUAAACAAAACCUUAUCAUUGAUUUUACAGAUUCAGGGAUGUAUAAGAAUUUGCAAUGGGCCAAAAGAAUUGACCUCAAUACCCAUGAAGGAUGUCAAUUAGCUAAUAAAAUCAUCAAGAAUGAUUUACUUUCUCCUCAUGAAGAACAAAUGAGAAGAGAUCGUUUAAGAAGAGGAAGAUUAGCUGAAAAUUAUUUAUCGUAG